UGAGUUCCAUUCAUUUUCGUUCAAAGCUUCGUCUUCUCCGCAGCUUCAACUCUCUCUCUCUCUCUCUCUCUCUCCAUGAAACCCCUCUAGAUUCUCACACUUCCAAAACACAUGGAUUUUGCAAUGACAACAUUUGACAACAACAACAACAACAACAACAACACUUGUAGUUGUAUCUUAACCCAUGAUGAUAAAAACAAAAACAAACAUGGAUCUGGGUUCACCAAGCAAGAAAGAUCCGAACCCGAAGACCCGCAUGAUCAUUUUCUUCUUCUUCAACCCUCCAAAUCUUCAAGAAGUGAUUACUUUGACCAACCACCCAACAAGUCAAUGUCCUUGAGAUCUGACUCUCUUCUUUCACUUUCAGCUGCUGAUGAUGAUACCAACAACAACAUGCUUAGUUUUUCUUUUUCUGUUAAAGAUGGAAACCAGCCUUCACUUUUUUCUUUUUACCAGCCCUCCUCACCUGCUUACAUUAGAAAUACAGGGUAUGGUUAUGGUGGAUUACCAGCAGGUAUGCAUAUGCCUGUUUCAAGGUAUAAAGGACCCUUUACCCCUUCUCAAUGGAUGGAGCUGGAACACCAAGCUUUGAUCUACAAACAUUUCGUCGCUAAUGUCCCUGUUCCGUCGCAUUUGCUCAAUCCACUCAGAAAAUCACUCAACACUUUCCUUUUCCCCGGGUCUUCCUCUUCAACCUCAUAUGCCCCCAAUUCAUAUGGAUGGGGAUCUUUCCAUCUCGGGUUUUCGGGUAACAACGAUCCGGAACCCGGGAGGUGUCGAAGAACAGAUGGGAAGAAAUGGAGGUGCUCUAGAGAUGCUGUUCCCGAUCAGAAAUACUGCGAACGACACAUCAACAGAGGCCGUCAUCGUUCAAGAAAGCCUGUGGAAGGCCAGAAUGGCCAAGCUGUCUCCGGUCCAGCCGCAUCUAAAGCGGCUCCCGUUGUUUCCUCCUCAUCUGUACCUGUUUCCACCACACGGGCAACCCCUACCGCCACCUUGCACCACCAUAAUCCCGCCGUUGCUGCAUCCGCGCAAACUCCCAUCAGCAGGACACAAGCCUCGGAUUCUUUGAUGUAUCCCACAAAUUAUACAUCUUUCUUGGACCAAGGUGCAUCCGACCCGAACUCGAACCCGAACCCGCUUCCCCAUUUUGUCGACGUGUGGUCUAAAGACGAGCCGCUAAAACGAGAUUGGACCCAACUCUCCAUGUCCAUUCCCAUGGCUUCCGACUUCUCAUCGUCCUCAAACUCUCCGGGUCAAGAGAAACUCGUGGUUCCACCACUUGAGUUUCAACUUGACCCGGCCCACAAACAAGCGUCAAACUGGAUCCCCAUUUCGUGGGGAAGCUCGAUGGGGGGUCCGUUAGGAGAAGUGUUGAAUCGGACGUCUAGUAGUAAUGAAGUAAAGAUCAAGAAUCCAUCGUCGGGUCUGGAAAUGAACCACAUGACUGAAAUGUGGGAUGCUGUGAACCAUCAUAUGGAAUCUUCACCUACUGGUGUGUUACAUAAAACAACAUUUGUUUCGCUUUCGAAUAGCAGUUCUGGGGGCAGCCCGAAAGGGAACAAAAAGGACGAGCACGCUGGCAGUGGCAGUGGCAGCCUCUGUGACGAACUGCUUCUCUCGACACUCGCUAGUUGAUGAGUUUUUGAUCUGGUUUUCAGGCAAUGGUGCACCUUAGACCAGAUGAAAUAUUCUGAUUUGUUUGUAAAAUCUUGUAAGUCUAGUUGUGUUUGAGGUGGGAUAUCUUCUGAAUAUAAAUGAAGAACGAUUUCGUUCGUUGUUAUAAACGAUCCUUUUUUUAAACUAAAAAGUUUAUAGUUGGUGUAGUUAAAAAAAUACGUUAAAUGUUUUUUAGUGCA